AUGUUUGACAAAUUAUUCAAAGAGCCAUAUCGCGAAGAACGAAGAAUUCGGCUUGGCCGUUCAAAAUUUAUUGAUAUUUUCUUCUACAGCGGUGUUUACGAUUACCAUUGGCUAAGGAUAUUAAUUAACUUUCCUAUUGGAUUUCUAAUCGCUUUUUUGCUCUACAAAUUUGCCUGGCAUCAAAUUAAUUUUGCUGAGUUUGAUAAAAUUGCGGAACAAAUCUUAAAAUGGUCACUUAUUCUGGCAUGUGCGAUAACAUUUGCAAUUAGUCCGCUAUUUCGCUGCGCAAUCAUCUGCGUUCUCUUUGGUGCCUUGGGUAAAAAUGGUCAAAAUCUUUUGACAGUUAUAGUUUUCAAUAGCUUAAGUGCUGGUCCGAUUGAAAAUAUUGUGGAAAAUUUUCAAGUCAGUACAAAUAUGAUUACCUGUCAUAUCAAGCAAAAAGAAGACAUGAUGACACAACGUAUUGUUAUGGCCACUGGCCCAAUUGAAAGUUUUAUGGCCAAAGAGUUUGGUAAAUCAACUUCAAAAGGACGAAAAGUGAUAGCAAUGUUAAAAUCGUUGGUAGAACCAAUUGAAUAUGAUUUCACGUUAAGUGAUGAAGAUAGGGCCUUGGCAGCAACAAUUGAUGCUGCUGAGGCUCUACAAAGGCGUGAUACAUUGCUUAAUAAAGAACCAGAAAAUGUAAAAGAAGAUGCAGAAAAUAAAAUGCAGAAAUCCGCACCACCGGCCUGGAAUAAAUUAAAAUCAAAACUUUCCAAAUUGCUAUCAAUACGUAUGCACUAUCAAUGUAAUGAAGUCUUCGAUAAAGGAGUGAAGAAAUGUCAUGAUACAUUUCGUGAUAUGAAGAAUAAAUGUUAUUCCAUUCUAUGGUUUUUACCGUUAUUCAAAGGACAUAUUUGUGAUAAAUUUGAUACUCUUCAAAUAUGCCAAGUUUCAAAAAAGGUAACUGAAGCGCUUACAUUUUGUGAUCAAAUGACCAAUCAGGUGUUAUCAAGGACGAAAAAUUUAGACAGCUAUUUAACAGAUGUUCAUAAUUUAACCGAAGAUAUUAUGGAUCAUCUUCGUGUCAAUAUGCAUUAUCGGGCAAUUGUUGAACCUCGCAAUGUACGAAUUUAUGGGAUAAAAGAAGUGAAAUAUCGAAUCGCUCAAAAUUUUCGCUUAUUAAAAAUAAUAUUGAUAACAUUAAAACAAAUUUUGGGUUGCUUAUUUGUUCUUAUGAUUUAUACUAUAUUUCGUGAUUCUGUCACAAUGAUACGUAAUUAUUUGAAUGAUAUUGAUUUUAACAAUGUUUAUUUGACACCUUAUUUUUGGCAUAUUGAUCGUAAACGUCAAAAUGAGAAGAAAAUAUUUCUAUAUCCAUUAAGUAAAGCUGAAAUGCGUGCAAAUAAUUUAAUGACACCAAUUUCGCCUCCAACAAAAGCAGAAAUACGCGCUUCAUGGUUACCACUUGCAAAAUUCACUUUUUUACUUAUUACCGCUUCAUUUGUUGUAUUUAUCGAUUUUGUCUUAUACAAAGUUAUUUAUAAUAUUGAUGGAACUGGAUUUAUAGCUGAUUUAGUGAAAGAAAUGAUCAAUUUUGAUUAUCAUAGCUAUAGAAAUAUGACAAUUUCGCUAGAGGAAUGUAUUUAUAAUCCGGUAUCUCCGGAUUGGUCAUAUGCCGGAAAAUAUAUUUUCUUCCCUCUUGGAAUUAUGUUUCUUCUUCAGGUUGUAUUUGGUUAUGUAAUUAAACGUAUUACUCUUUUUUGCGUGAUUGCAAAUAUUUUUCGAAAACGUAACAAAGCACGUAUCAUACAUCUCUACAACAAAAUGUUAUUUGUACGUACAAAUGCUCGGAAGUUAGCAAGAGCACGCAUACGUUUUCAAGUGGAACGGCGAAUUUUACAACGUGAAGAAAUUCGAAAAAAAAGGUAA